UAAUAGCUCCGGCUGCGCCUCGGUGUAGGCCUACUUCAGACGCGCGCAGAGCCUGAAGGUCGGAGUGCUGCGUGUGCGUGUGUCAGAUACACUGCAGGCUACUGAGGCGGCAUCAGACUCAGCAAGGCAUUUCUCUUUACCCCGACAAACCUUCAGGGGGCUUUUAGCAUUUGUUCGGUCUGAGGUCUCUGGAAAACAUCUGAUUCAUCUGAUUCAUUUUUUGUAACCAGUCCCAGAUGCGUCAUUGUGAGCGUGUGUGCGCCUGAGCGCAGCGCCGUGAGUCUGUCAGUGCAUGAGAAUUAGGGGAGAAUAUCUGCUGUCUCGACUAAGGGAGGGAAAGAAAAAGCGUGUGGAUUUUUCGAUCAUAAAUUUUUAGGUAUGAACGCAGAUACGUGCGUCUCAUACUGCGAUAUGACAUCGAUGGAUUCGUAUUAUAGUGCAUCUGCUGCGCCGGGUAGGGAUCACCAGGCGAGCCCUUUCAGGACUUUCCCGAGCACUGAAACCAAAUACAGCCCCACUUUCAUCCCGGGAAAAGGGCAGGCGUACGGAGAGAAGUGCCGUAGUCCUUUCCAGUCCGAGUGCCAGUCGCUGGACGGCGCCGAGGAGAGCACGUUUAACAAAUACCAGCUCUUCAUGCAGAGACCGACCUGCAAAACUCCACCCGAAGGCAGCAAGCUGCACCCGGACAGCGGACACAACGGGACCCUCAUUCCCUGCUAUGGUAAAGACAGCCUAGCUGAGUCUGAGUUGCCCUCAAGUGUGGACGCUCCUGGGAUGGAAGGCAGCUACCUGAACCUAAAGGAACCUGGCGUAAAAGGGCCAAGCGAGCGUCCAGGGUCAGACCUUUCCAGUCCCCUGGAAAAAAGUGAGGCUGAGAGCAACAAAGGCAAGAAGAGACGCAAUCGUACCACAUUCACCAGCUACCAGCUGGAGGAGCUGGAGAAGGUUUUCCAGAAAACACACUACCCAGAUGUGUAUGCCCGUGAGCAGCUGGCACUGAGGACGGAUCUGACAGAGGCUCGUGUUCAGGUGUGGUUUCAGAAUCGCAGAGCCAAGUGGAGAAAGAGAGAGCGUUUUGGCCAGAUGCAGCAGGUCCGCACGCACUUCUCGACCGCUUAUGAAUUGCCUCUGCUCACCCGGCCUGAGAACUAUGCACAGAUCCAGAACCCGUCGUGGAUUGGCAGCAGCAGUGGAGCAUCUCCAGUGCCGGGCUGUGUUGUCCCUUGCGACUCUGUUCCCUCCUGCAUGCCCCCUCACCCUCAUGGUCCCGGAGGUGUUUCUGACUUCCUGGGAGUGCCCAGUCCAGGAAGCAGCCACAUGGGACAGACACACAUGGGUAGCCUGUUUGGGGGUGCGGGAAUCAGCGGGGGAAUCAAUGGCUAUGAUAUCAACGUGGAUCCAGACCGCAAGUCCUCCAGCAUAGCGGCGCUGCGUAUGAAGGCCAAGGAACACAGUGCCGCCAUUUCUUGGGCUACAUGAUGCCCCGGCGUGGUUUUACCCUGCCCCCACAAGACCCCGUCUAUAGAGCAGCCAUCAGCGAGCACUGAGGGGUAGGAGGGGAUUUCCCUGACAGUCUUAAUGAUAACACAGGUCAAAUGAACAGAGAGAGACUGUGGAGAUAAGAGAGGCCAUAAGAGCGGCCAACGAAAGCAAGAUAGCUGUGACUAUGACAAUCAGCAGAUGCUGAAAGUGAGAGAAAUACAAAGAUGCAACUUAGAUGAGGAUGGUCCAUAGAAGUUCAUCAUUGAUUCCUUGAUCUCUCAGGUCUCACUUAAACGUACGAUUUAGACCCCAAUAAACUGGGUCAUUUUUCAGAAACACACACAUAUGGUUUACUAAACAUCUUCGAAAGCGAAUGUACCAAUACUGUGCCAAAACCACCCUUUUCAUUUAGAAUCAUUCACAGCAAUGAGCAGGGAUCACAUUAUUGUACUUGAUCAAAGCUUUAUAUCCCCCAUAGAGCAGCACUCAUGGCUUCAUAACUGCCACUUUACACAUUUCUUUAAUAUUGCAUAAAUCAGUUCAAAUACCUUUGUAAACAAGGUUUGAAAUUUGUAAGCAGUCAAAAGCAAGUUAACUUACAGUGAGCAAUCUCAGAUGUAAAUAAAGGACUGGAAUUUUACUUUGAGUAAUAUUCUAUUGUAAACUACAAUUACGACAGAAAACAAUAACUUUGUCCAAACCUGCUGUGGGUAUUUCACGUCUCUGCCAGGAAGGACAGAGGUAUAUUGCUGUAAGGAAAGCUAAUCAAGCGAGAACAGGCAUGGAGUACCGUUUUGGUCUGGGUAUCUGACAGGCACCCCAUUGGCAGUAAUUUCAAACCAUCUUGUCACUUCCCCUCAUUGGGCUGCAUCCACAGGUCCCCCAGCUAAGCUGGGGCUUCAGGUUACAGGAAACGGUGUCUCCAAGGGCAGACGUAGGCCAGCGUUGCACAGCAGCAACCUUCAACAGUAACUAACCAUGCCAGCUUUAAUCAACAACCAACAGGGGUAGACAAACUUAAUUAGCAUCAAUGCAAGCAGUCCAUACCUGUGAACAGCACAGUGUGUCAUGGGGUACACGGUGAGAACAUUCACCGAACACAUGCUGAAAUAAUUAGUUUAUAGUCAGACUUUGGUCCAAUAGAGAUCAGUCUUAGAUUUGUUGCUUGCACACAGAGAAUUUAUGAAUGACUGCAGGUCAAAUCAGUGACCCUCCUAAGUAGUGUUCUGUAAUUACUGUUUGUAAUUCGAAGAUAUUUGAGUUGGACUAAAAGGAAUUUGGUGAGCAUGCCCGAUGAUUGCAGGGGUAUCUGUGAGUGUAACCCCCACCCACAAAGACCUGCCACCAGAGCUGGGCUUAAGGCUAAACCUAGAGACAGUUUUCAUUAGUCUUUUGGCAGAUCUUUCUGUGAUGCCUGCUACAAAACAAAAGCAUAUUAGUCAUGUCUUCUUGUGUCUAGUCAGCACAGUAUCCGAAGGUAUUUAUUUUUUUGUGACAUAAGAAGAAGAAAUCAAGGAAGAUUAAGAGUGCUAAUCUUUUGGAGAAAUGACUGAAAUCGAAUACUUCCAAAUACACUUUUUAUGAAACUUAGCUACAGUUGCUGCAGCACUCUGGAAUUAAAGGUUCUGCACAUUCAAAUUACAUAAUGUUUAGAUGGAGCGCUUUCCACUCAGAAAUACCAGUGUGUGAUGACAUCAUGAUUUUGUUUGACCUUCUAAAUUUAUAUAAUCUACACACGUGGGUUUAUUUACUGUGGACAAAUAUCAGAAAAUAAGAAUAAAAUGCCACAAAAAUGAGUGAAAAUCCAAAAUGAAAAGUUCCCAUUAAAAACAGCAUGUGGGCAAGAUUAAUUUAUGUCGAGCUACAAAGGUGGCCGAGUUCCAUCAUGUUAUCAUAUUGACUUUCUGUGUCUGGUCUUUCCUCAGUGUUCCUCCUCCUCUGCAGCUCCAUUUAAGUUGAUACUACUGAAAUAAAGCAAUUUAAAUACAUGUUGAUAAUGGUGUGUUGUAUGAAUGUGAAGAAUUCAAAUGAUAUUGUUCCUCUGCUUGUAAAUGUUGUUUUUUUUGCUUUUUCUGUUGUAUAUUGGGCCUCCAGAGAUAAACCAAUGUAUUACAGUAACAGUGCCAAGAAUUCUACGGUUCUAUUUGCUCUUUUGAAAAGUCAGCUUUCACUUUUACUGAGAGACUAGUUUUUCUAAUGUUCAUUUUUAAGACCGUAAGCAGCUUUUUUGUAUAUUAAUCAAGUACUUCUACCGUUGAUUGUGCCAAAUCAUGCAAUAACUUAUUGCACUUGUGUCUUUUGAUAUUUGCUGGGGUAGUUGCCUCUUCUCAAUGUCAGAUGGGGGGGCUUUCAUUCCCAGUAGUCAAGAACUGUCUCCUUAGUCCGUCCAUAUUUAGUAUUGUGAACAGCAUCAAUGGGGUUUCCUCAGGUGUUGUAAUUUGUUUAUACAGAAUCAACUUGUUAUUUGCGUCCAUUGUGGUUUUGAGUCUAUUUUGAAAUAAAUGGAUCUCUGGUGGUUGAAAGAGU